GUGUGUGUGUGUGUGUGUGUGUGUGUGUGUGUGUGUGCAAUGUUAUAUAAGGACAGGUUCUAGAUUGGAGGGUGAGGAACAGGAGGGGUUGGUAAAGACUGAGAAGCCACUGUGUUGGGAACUGUAAAGGACAGAGCCUGCAGAACUCAAUGUACCAGGUUACAUCAGUUUAGUGAGUCCAACUCUGUCUGUCGGACCUGUCUCUCAUUCUCACAUCCCGGGAGUCAAGCCGGCCAGCUUUGACAAGGUAGCCAUACCAGAAGUGAAGGAAAUCAUCGAGGGAUGCAUCCGCCAGAACAAAGAUGAGAGAUAUGUCAUUAAGAUCUUGCUGAGCCAUGCCUUCUUCCAGGAGGAGACUGGUGUGCGUGUGGAGCUGGCCGAGGAGGACGAUGGGGAGAUGAUCGCGAUCAAACUGUGGCUGAGGAUAGAAGACGUCAAGAAGCUGAAGGGAAAGUACAAGGACAACGAAGCCAUCGAGUUCUCCUUCGACCUCAACAAGGACGUCCCCGAAGAUGUGGCACAGGAAAUGGUCGAGUCUGGCUAUGUGUGCGAGGGAGACCACAAGACGAUGGCCAAGGCCAUCAAAGACCGAGUGUCUCUGAUCCAAAAGAAGAGAGAACAGAGGCAGCUGGUCAGAGAGGAGUUGGAGAAGAGGAAUCAGCAGCAGCAGCAGCAGCAGCAGCAGCAGCAGCAGCCCCUACAGGCAGCAGAGGCCCUCAGAUCCCCCCAGCAGAGUCAGUUACCCCCCCAGCCCCACAUAGCCCAGACUGAGAAGGAGGACCCAGAGAUGGACCAGCAGCAGUGCCAACAGGCCAACAUCUCCAUGACAUCUGACGGAGCGGUGGACAACGGCCAGGGUUCGUCCCUGUUCUCUGAGUCCCAUCUGGGCCAGCUGACCAUGUCCUAUAGCAACAUCCCUGCCACCCAGCAGCAGGGCCAAACCCAGGCCCCCUACCCCUCCCCUUCCCCCCAGCAGCAACAACAGCAGCAGCAGCUCAAUGCCUACCAACAGCAGAACAUGGUAAGUGACGAGUCGGAGGGAUUAUUAUAUAUUUUUUGUAGUUCUUAGGAAGGUAGAAGUGAAUUGCAGUGGAGUUUGUAGUUGUAAUAUGCAUGGAGGUGAUGUCUGAAGAGUGGAUUUGGAGCCAGUUCCCUUUGAGAUGAAGAGGUUCCAAAUCUUUGAAAUGGAGCAACCUUUUUCCUUCCCGGCUGCCCUCAGGUUUGUCCUGUAGACCUUUAUAAUCACCUGUUUGUGCUGUCUUGCCAACUCUUAUGGUCGUUGUUACACUAAUCAUGACAAUUAUAAGAGGAGUUGCCAAUACGGCAGAGACAUGUCCGCAUCAGGCUACUGUAGUUCCACGAGUUCUUCAAUUUCACAUGUCGGUCUUCUUGGUACCACAGUGGUGGACCAGCAGCUGUGUUCUAACCCACUUAUUCAGUAAUGAAUAACUGACAAGUUCAGUGGCCAUUUUCAGAGAGAACCAGGGGUCAGGUUUUACAGUUCUUCUUUUAACAGUAACGCUGAUGGUCUGGCUGUUUGCCAAGAGACUCUAAAACCAAUGUCUGGAACAGUGUUCUUCAGUGUAUUGGGAGGGAUAGGGCCUUUAUAGAAUAUUAAGCUGGCUGUUAAUUCAGUGUUUUAAUAUGCUCUCAUGUUUCCACUCAAGCUAAUACAAGGAACAGGACAGGAACAGGUAUAGCUUUUCAUCGUACAACAAUACCAGAGCAUUUUUAGAUUGAAAGUUGAAACCGAAGACCCAGAAAAAACGAAUAGAUUUAAGGAAUCCAAAACACAGUCACACAAGACGAUUGAUCUACGCCCAAACACACAAAUAAAGGAAUCCCAAACAAAUAGUCACACAAGACAACGAUUGAUCUACGCCCAAAACACACAAAUUAAGGAAGGACAAACCAAUAUGUUAAUCUACACCCAACAUAUAUAGCCUAGUCACAAAUGAGCUGCCCUUUCUGCUCCGUAGGUACCCGUCUGUCUCCACUAACAGAGCUUAACCCCACGGCCUCCCCUAAAGGUCAAAAGUUCAAAUCCUAUUUUCUAGAACCCAUGUGCCAUGUUCUAUCCUAAAGGGUUUAGACAGAUGUAUAAUUAACAUUAUCCUAAAGGGUUUAGACAGAUGUAUAAUGAACACCAUCCUAAAGGGUUUAGACAGAUGUAUAAUUAACACCAUCCUAAAGGGUUUAGACAGAUGUCUAAUUAGCACCAUCCUAAAGGGUUGAGACAGAUGUCUAAUUAACACCAUCCUAAAGGGUUGAGACAGAUGUAUAAUUAACACCAUCCUAAAGGGUUGAGACAGAUGUCUAAUUAACAACAUCCUAAAGGGUUUAGACAGAUGUAUAAUUAACACCAUCCUAAAGGGUUUAGACAGAUGUCUAAUUAACACCAUCCUAAAGGGUUUAGACGGAUGUACAGUAUAUGAAGACCAUCCCAUAGGUUAGAAGCCCCAGUCAUGCUCUUGGGUCUUCAGUCACAGUGACUUACAGGUAAGUACCACAAUUAACUAGCCUUUGAUCUGCCAAAAGUGAGAACAGCUGCAAGUUUCUGAAAUCAGUUACUCUGUGUGUUUUAGUUCCUGGAGUACAGUUUGGUCAGUUGUGUCUUCUACAUUUUCUUUUGUUUUAAUGAAUUGAACUGUUGUUUUGCCCAAUGUCAGUUGGUUUGAUUGGCAUUUUUGAACCAAAUGAUGCAUGUUGGAGAAACCAAAGUCACUCAGAAGUAAACAAACUCCACGCUUUGAGUUUGAUUCUUUGAGUUUGAUUCUUUGAGUUUGAUUCUUUGAGUUUGAUUCUUUGAGUUUGAUUCUUUGAGUUUGAUUCUUUGAGUUUGAUUCUUUGAGUUUGAUUCUUUGAGUUUGAUUCUUUGAGUUUGAUUCUUUGAGUUUGAUUCCUUUUUCCCCUCAUACCUUCCACAUUGCUGCGUCCUCAGUUAUACCAUGCAUCUCGUUCUAGUACAGUACCCUGUCCCCCCCUCCCCCAACCCAUCAACCCCAAUCCCAACCAAUCAUUUAUGGUACAUAUUAUUCAUAGUACUCAUGUUGGUAUUUCUCAUUAUUAGUGUUGUUUUGUUUGUAUAGAUAUUAGGCAGUUAGCUGUGCAAGCUGUCAGGGCCUCCAUCAAUCCCAUACUGUUUAUUUUAGAGGUGCCAUGCUGGUGUUUUUAGGCUCUCUGUCUGGCACACUGGGCAGUCACCUCAGCCAGCCAUCACUCAUCAGUGUCAGACACACUGAAUCACAAGCCUUGUUACAGGAGCCGACUCAGUCAUCUCCAUAGCGUCAGUGAAUUAUAGCUCACUAGACCUUCCUAAAGCUAUGGAGCUGUCACCACAAACCAUACACCUGAUGCCAUAUGUUAGACUGAGAUUUCCAAGCUGUUCAAGCUUAUCAAGUAUUGUUUGCAUUCAACAUGGAUUACACAUUAAUUCCACCGUGUGUGUAGUCUUUGGUAAGCUUGCACAAAAAUGUAUUUGGCAUCACAACCACAGCCACGUUAAAUUCUGCAAUCAUUUUACCAUUGUUUGGUUUUAUUUGACCAUCAAGUGCCAUUACUUUACAGUGAAUCAAUCUGCUGAAUGAUAGUGGUAGAAGUGUUAAAAUGGUAUUGCCAUUAGUCCUAAAUGACAUAUUAGACCUUGAAACAAUGCCCAGCUCCUGCUAUUUUUACAUCUGAAUAAGCAAAAACACAGCUGUAUAUCAAUAAAAUCCAACCUGAAAAAGGCUUGUGGACUUGAUAUUUUGCAGUCCGUUCUUACACGUUGUGUUUUUCAUACUGAAAGAUGGGAUUGAUUGGUGUGUCUAUGCAGUCUGCUCCACUGCUGUUGGGUUCUAAGUUUUGUGUCAUUUGAGAUUAUUUUAUGUCUUCCUCUUUGUCAAUUUAUUUAUUGUGUGUUAUCAUCAAAUGUUAUGGUUCCCUGUGUGAUAUAAAUCACAUCACUUCUUUUUUAGUAAAUCCUUUUUAACCGCUGUACUAUGUUGACCUGUUAAACAUCUCAUUGGAUGUAAACAAUGUUUUCACGAGUUCUACCAGCUAUUCCUGGGCUGCAACAGAAUUCACUUCUGGAAGGUUCCAUCAACAAAGCUGUGGUUUACUUUGAGAAUGAGUUCAUAGCCCUUCAUCUCUUGAAAGCCCACACUGUGCUAGGCCUUGCCUUUUAGUAGUAUCCUCUGCUAUCUUAUAGCCAGUGGCACAGUAACCAGUAGGCUUCACUAGACUAUAACCAGUAACCAAUAGGCUUCACUAGACUGUAACCAGUAGGCUUCACUAGACUAUAACCAGUAACCAGUAGGUUUCACUAGACUAUAACCAGUAACCAGUAGGCUUCACUAGACUAUAACCAGUAACCAGUAGGCUUCACUAGACUAUAACCAGUAACGAGUAGGCUUUACUAGAUAGACUAUAACCAGUAACCAGUAGGCUUCACUACACUAUAACCCGUAGGCUUCACUAGACUAUAACCAGUAACCAGUAGGCUUUACUAGACUAUUACCAGUAACCAGUAGGCUUCACUAGACUGUAACCAGUAACCAGUAGGCUUCACUAGACUGUAACCAGUAACCAGUAGGCUUCACUACACUAUAACCAGUAGGCUUCACUAGACUAUAACCAGUAACCAGUAGGCUUUACUAGACUAUUACCAGUAACCAGUGGGCUUCACUAGACUAUAACCAGUGGGCUUCACUAGACUAUAACCAGUAGGCUUCACUAGACUAUAACCAGUAGGCUUCACUAGACUAUAACCAGUAGGCUUCACUAGACUAUAACCAGUAGGCUUCAUUAGACUAUAUAACAAGUAACCAGUAGAAUUCACUAGACUAUUACCAGUAACCAGUAGCCUUCACUAGACUUUUACCAGUAACCAGUAGCCUUCACUAGACUAUAACCAGUAACCAGUAGGCUUCACUAGACUAUAACCAGUAACCAGUAGGCUUCACUAGACUAUUACCAGUAACCAGUAGGCUUCACUAGACUAUUACCUGUAACCAGUAGGCUUCACUAGACUAUAACCAGUAGGCUUCACUAGACUAUAACCAGUAGGCUUCACUAGACUAUAACCAGUAGGCUUCACUAGACUAUAACCAGUAGACUUCACUAGACUAUAACCAGUAACCAGUAGGCUUCACUAGACUAUAACCAGUAGGCUUCACUAGACUAUAACCAGUAGGCUUCACUAGACUAUAACCAGUAGGCUUCACUAGACUAUAACCAGUAGGCUUCACUAGACUAUAACCAGUAGGCUUCACUAGACUAUAACCAGUAGGCUUCACUAGACUAUAACCAGUAGGCUUCACUAGACUAUAACCAGUAGGCUUCACUAGACUAUAACCAGUAGGCUUCACUAGACUAUAACCAGUAGGCUUCACUAGACUAUAACCAGUAGGCUUCACUAGACUAUAACCAGUAGACUUCACUAGACUAUAACCAGUAGGCUUCACUAGACUAUAACCAGUAGGCUUCACUAGACUAUAACCAGUAGGCUUCACUAGACUAUAACCAGUAGGCUUCACUAGACUAUAACCAGUAGGCUUCACUAGACUAUAACCAGUAGGCUUCACUAGACUAUAACCAGUAGGCUUCACUAGACUAUAACCAGUAGGCUUCACUAGACUAUAACCAGUAGGCUUCACUAGACUAUAACCAGUAGGCUUCACUAGACUAUAACCCGUAACCAGUAGGCUUCACUAGACUAUAACCCGUAACCAGUAGGCUUCACUAGACUAUAACCAGUAACCAGUAGGCUUCACUAGACUAUAACCAGUAGGCUUCACUAGACUAUAACCAGUAACCAGUAGGCUUCACUAGACUAUAACCAGUAACCAGUAGGCUUCACUAGACUAUAACCAGUAACCAGUAGGAUUCACUAGAAUAUAACCAGUAACCAGUAGGCUUCACUAGACUAUAACCAGUAGGCUUCACUAGACUAUAACCAGUAGGCUUCACUAGACUAUAACCAGUAGGCUUCAUUAGACUAUAACCAGUAGGCUUCACUAGACUAUAACCCGUAACAAGUAGGCUUCACUAGACUAUAACCCGUAACCAGUAGGCUUCACUAGACUAUAACCAGUAACCAGUAGGCUUCACUAGACUAUAACCAGUAGGCUUCACUAGACUAUAACCAGUAACCAGUAGGCUUCACUAGACUAUAACCAGUAACCAGUAGGAUUCACUAGACUAUAACCAGUAACCAGUAGGCUUCACUAGACUAUAACCAGUAGGCUUCACUAGACUAUAACCAGUAGGCUUCAUUAGACUAUAACCAGUAGGCUUCACUAGACUAUAACCCGUAACCAGUAGGCUUCACUAGACUAUAACCCGUAACCAGUAGGCUUCACUAGACUAUAACCAGUAACCAGUAGGCUUCACUAGACUAUAACCAGUAGGCUUCACUAGACUAUAACCAGUAACCAGUAGGAUUCACUAGACUAUAACCAGUAACCAGUAGGCUUCACUAGACUAUAACCAGUAGGCUUCACUAGACUAUAACCAGUAGGCUUCACUAGACUAUAACCAGUAGGCUUCACUAGACUAUAACCAGUAGGCUUCACUAGACUAUAACCAGUAGGCUUCAUUAGACUAUAACCAGUAACCAGUAGGCUUCACUGGACUAUAACCAGUAACCAGUAGGCUUCACUGGACUAUAACCAGUAACCAGUAGGCUUCACUGGACUAUAACCAGUAACCAGUAGGCUUCACUGGACUAUAACCAGUAACCAGUAGGCUUCACUGGACUAUAACCAGUAACCAGUAGGCUUCACUGGACUAUAACCAGUAACCAGUAGGCUUCACUGGACUAUAACCAGUAACCAGUAGGCUUCACUGGACUAUAACCAGUAACCAGUAGGCUUCACUGGACUAUAACCAGUAACCAGUAGGCUUCACUAGACUAUAACCUGUAACCAGUAGGCUUCACUAGACUAUAACCAGUAGGCUUCACUAGACUAUAUAACCAGAAGAAUUGACGAGGCACAGAUCAAACUUAAAUGCAACAUUGUAGAGCUGCUGUGGAUGAAUAAGGAACAGCUUCAUCAACCCCCAAAUCAACUGUUCCCUGACCACUCUUGGCGGAACAUUGAUUUCUUUUUAGGCCAUUGUGUAGAAUCAGCAAGGUGAAUGUGUCUGUGAAUCAUUGUACAGACAGAGCAGACUGCGCCUCUGGUACACUGGCAUUGCCAAGUCCCCUGCCAGGCAGCUGGCUACCUAGCUAUAUUUAGUUUCCUGCAGCAGAGCAGUACACAGUCUGUGGCAGUGAUUUUCCUUUCAGCCACACUAUGAUUUAGAACACUGUUUGCGUCUGAAAUGGCACCCUAUUCCCUAUAUAGUGCACUACGUCUGACCAGGAGCGUAGAUCUAUAUAGGGAAUAGGGUGCCAUUUUGGACACGGACACUGGGAUUGGUCUGAGGGUAGAAUAUAUUCUUAAAUGCCCUAGAUAGUGGUGCAAUAACACUACAUUGAAUGGUUCUUAUUCAGGAAGUGUUUCAUUUUGAACAAAACCGCAAGAAAUAGAUUAGAGCUGCUUUAGUGUUUUAUUAGUCAUCCUAGCUUGUUAAUAAACACUUUAGAUGACCUAGAAAUGGCUCUAGUACUCAUCUCUAAUUUGAGAUUAUAGAUCACUUUUCCUUUUAAUCAGUAUUACUUACCUCGUAUCUAACCCCUUUCUGUUCCCAAUAUGCUCUCGCCGGAUGUUUUGAAACCUCUUUCUAACCUUCAUACUCCCUUCUUCUAAUGCCAUGUGUCUUGUCUUUAUUCCAUAGUGUUUAUCGUGUCCCGUGUUAUCAGAUCUUUAGAUCUUUCAGCUCUGUUCGUCACCUCUGUUCACCUGUGUUUAGUUCACCUGUGUUUAGUUCACCUGUGUUUAGUUCACCUGUGUUUAGUUCACCUGUGUUUAGUUCACCUGUGUCCCAUCCAUUCUGUGGUUAAUUGUCCUUCCCUCCUUCCUUCCGCCUGCAGCCUCUCUCACCACCCCCCCGCCACCGCGGCCGUAGCAUGUCCGUUUGCAUCCCCUACUUUUCCUCCACCCCUCCUGCUCUGUCCUGCCUUCCCAACCGGCCCUCCACCUCUCCUCCGGUACUCUCCGCCCCCCACUCCCCAUGCCGGGGGUCGGAUGACGGCGACACGUUUGCGGGCCGGCUCUCCAAGGCCCUGGAGAGUGUCCUGCCCCUGCAUUCCACCCCGCCUCGCCCACGGCAACAACGCCGAGCCAGCCUCCCGGCGGUGUUUGUCAGCCCUGUAUGUUAGAGCAUCUCUGGCCACAGAGUGGUGUGAACCAGGGUGUAGUCUGGUGGAGCUGGGACCGGAGCUCAGUAGGGCUGUCUAUGGGUAUCUGAAACAAGGAGGAGGAGAGACUAGGGACAAAACAGUAGAGACAUAUAGAGAGACAUAACAAAUAGAGAACAGAAGAUCAGAUUAUUGUGUUUUCAUCUUAAUCCACUUUCAGAUACCUGUGAAUGAACCCUGCUGUUCUUUGCUUCGGGCCUCUCGCCAGGCGCCCUGUGCUCGCAUUAAAUACAGACUGCCUGGCACUUCCCUUACUCUCCUAGUGAGACUGGUCAGACUGCUGCUACAGUACACUUCUCUACCCUUCUAGUGAGACUGGUCAGACUGCUAGCUACACUUCUCUACCCUUCUAGUGAGACUGGUCAGACUGGUAGCUAAACUACACUUCCCUUCUAGUAAGACUGGUCAGACUGCUGAUACAGUACACUUCUCUACCCUUCUAGUGAGACUGGUCAGACUGGUAGCUUAACUACCCUUCCCUCCUAGUGAGACUGGUCAGACUGGUAGCUAAACUACACUUCCCUCCUAGUGAGAUUGGUCAGACUGCUAGCUACACUUCCCUUCCCUCCUAGUGAGACUGGUCAGACUGCUAGCUACACUUCCCUUCCCUCCUAGUGAGACUGUUCAGACUGCUUGCUAUAGUACACUUCCCUUCCCUCCUAGUGAUAUUGGUCAGACUGCUAGCUACACUUCCCUCCUAGUGAGACUGGUCAGACUUCUAGCUACACUACACUUCCCUUCCCUCCUUGUGAGACUGGUCAGACUGCUUGCUAUAGUGCACUUCCCUCCUAGUGAGACUGGUCAGACUGCUAGCUAGACUACACUUCCCUUCCCUCCUAGUGAGACUGGUCAGACUGCUAGCUACACUACACUUCCCUUCCCUCCUAGUGAGACUGGUCAGACUGCUAGCUACACUUGCCUUCCCUCCUAGUGAGUGGUCAGACUGCUAGCUAUAGUACACUUCCCUCCUAGUGAGACUGGUCAGACUGCUAGCUAGACUACACUUCCCUUCCCUCCUAGUGAGACUGGUCAGACUGCUAGCUACACUUCCCUCCCCUCCUAGUGAGACUAGUCAGACUACUAGCUAUAGUACACUUCCCUCCCCUCCUAGUGAGACUGGUCAGACUGCUAGCUAUAGUACACUUCCCUUCCCUCCUAGUGAGACUGGUCAGACUGCUAGCUAUAGUAACACUUCCCUUCCCUCCUAGUGAGACUGGUCAGACUGCUAGCUACACUUCCCUUCCCUCCUAGUGAGAUUGAUCAGACUGCUAGCUAUAGUACACUUCCCUUCCCUGCUAGUGAGACUGGUCAGACUGGUAGCUACACUACACUUCCCUUCCCUCCUAGUGAGACUGGUCAGACUGCUAGCUACACUACACUUCCCUCCUAGUGAGACUGGUCAGACUGCUAGCUAGACUACACUUCCCUUCCCUCCUAGUGAGACUGGUCAGACUGCUAGCUACACUUCCCUCCCCUCCUAGUGAGACUAGUCAGACUGCUAGCUAUAGUACACUUCCCUCCUAGUGAGACUGGUCAGACUGCUAGCUAUAGUACACUUCCCUUCCCUCCUAGUGAGACUGGUCAGACUGCUAGCUAUAGUAACACUUCCCUUCCCUCCUAGUGAGACUGGUCAGACUGCUAGCUACACUUCCCUUCCCUCCUAGUGAGAUUGGUCAGACUGCUAGCUAUAGUACACUUCCCUUCCCUGCUAGUGAGACUGGUCAGACUGGUAGCUACACUACACUUCCCUUCCCUCCUAGUGAGACUGGUCAGACUGCUAGCUACACUACACUUCCCUUCCCUCCUAGUGAGACUGGUCAGACUGCUAGCUACACUACACUUCCCUUCCCUCCUAGUGAGACUGGUCAGACUGCUAGCUACACUACACUUCCCUUCCCUCCUAGUGAGACUGGUCAGACUGCUAGCUAUAGUACACUUCCCUUCCCUCCUAGUGAGACUGGUCAGACUGCUAGCUACACUUCCCUUCCCUCCUAGUGAGACUGGUCAGACUGCUAGCUAUAGUACACUUCCCUCCUAGUGAGACUGGUCAGACUGCUAGCUAGACUACACUUCCCUUCCCUCCUAGUGAGACUGGUCAGACUGCUAGCUACACUUCCCUCCCCUCCUAGUGAGACUAGUCAGACUGCUAGCUAUAGUACACUUCCCUCCCCUCCUAGUGAGACUGGUCAGACUGCUAGCUAUAGUACACUUUCCUUCCCUCCUAGUGAGACUGGUCAGACUGCUAGCUAUAGUAACACUUCCCUUCCCUCCUAGUGAGACUGGUCAGACUGCUAGCUACACUUCCCUUCCCUCCUAGUGAGAUUGGUCAGACUGCUAGCUAUAGUACACUUCCCUUCCCUGCUAGUGAGACUGGUCAGACUGGUAGCUACACUACACUUCCCUUCCCUCCUAGUGAGACUGGUCAGACUGCUAGCUACACUACACUUCCCUUCCCUCCUAGUGAGACUGGUCAGACUGCUAGCUACACUACACUUCCCUUCCCUCCUAGUGAGACUGGUCAGACUGCUAGCUACACUACACUUCCCUUCCCUCCUAGUGAGACUGGUCAGACUGCUAGCUAUAGUACACGUCCCUUCCCUGCUAGUGAGACUGGUCAGACUGCUAGCUACACUUCCCUUCCCUCCUAGUGAGACUGGUCAGACUGCUAGCUAUAGUACACUUCCCUCCUAGUGAGACUGGUCAGACUGCUAGCUACACUACACUACCUUUCCUUCCUAGUGAGACUGGUCAGACUGCUAGCUACACUUCCCUUCCCUCCUAGUGAGACUGGUCAGACUGCUAGCUAUAGUACCCUUCCCUCCUAGUGAGACUGGUCAGACUGCUAGCUAGACUACACUUCCCUUCCCUCCUAGUGAGACUGGUCAGACUGCUAGCUACACUUCCCUCCCCUCCUAGUGAGACUAGUCAGACUGCUAGCUAUAGUACACUUCCCUUCCCUCCUAGUGAGACUGGUCAGACUGCUAGCUAUAGUAACACUUCCCUUCCCUCCUAGUGAGACUGGUCAGACUGCUAGCUACACUUCCCUUCCCUCCUAGUGAGAUUGGUCAGACUGCUAGCUAUAGUACACUUCCCUUCCCUGCUAGUGA